ACACAAAGAAGGGGUCUUGAAGAGAACGCCUUCCUCAUUCCACGUCUCACCGACCUUUUGCCAUCCUCCAUUGUCUCCGUCCUCCGCUCACACACAUCACCUUUACCCAGCACUCACACACUUCACCUGAACCCAACGCUCACACACCUUAUCUGGAUCGAUGGAGCACCAGGCCCUCUGGCUCACUCUUCUUCUGACUGGCAUGUCAACACUGUGGCAGGGUGGUGAGGCCCAGUCAGAGUUCACCAUUGACUGGGUGAAGCUGACCUUCUUCCCAGGGGCUAUGGUUGACAGUGGCACCAACCUGACCCUUCACUGUGAGGCCAAGAUUAGUUACAGCUCCGUAAAGCCCGCGCUCACAUUCAGGCUCCUGCUAGAUGGGAAGAUAAUCUACUCCAAAAACACCAGUGACACCAUGCUGGAACUCAAUUUAGCUCCAGCCAGAGCUUCCAACUCGGGCUUUUACAAGUGUGAAAUCCGCAUCCGCAAUAAGGAGAUGAGCAGUGAGACACAGAGGCUCACCAUCUCAGGCUUACAGACUCCAACACUGAGGGUGCAUCCCAGCACUGUGUAUGAGGGUGAUGAGGUCACGGCCACCUGCAGCGCACCACAAGAGACUGGGAGCAUAAGUUUCCACUUCUACAAGGACAGUGAAUACAUCACACUGGUCCAGAGUAGCAGUAACUCCACCGCGACUGCUAUUGUGAAGGUUUUCAAGUUAGGAAAUAUCCACAUGUACUGCAACUACCAGCUUUCCAUGUCCCAUACCACAGCCCUCUCCAGCAACAGCAACACUGUGGAAGUGUCUGUCAAAGAGCUUGGCAUCACUCCGUUAAUAGGGAUCUGGCCUCAAUUGAACAUCGUAGAGGGGGACCGGGUGUCCAUAAGUUGCAAUGUGUCACAUUACACCCGAAAUGACGUUGAAAUCUUCCUGACUAAAGACAAGCUACUGCAUAAAGAUCACACGUCAUUUAGGCACAGCUUUCAGGCCAAAGUGGAAGACUCUGGAGAUUAUGUGUGUAAAACAGAAAAAGGCAAUGUGCAGAAGACCACAUCAGCAAAACUGGACGUAGCAAUUUUGUUUUCGACGCCUGUUCUUAAUAUGGCUCCAGUGGAAGUGUUUGAGAGACAAAACUUCACCUUGAGCUGUAAGAGUUCCACCAACACCCAAAGAAAACCUAAUGUGAAUUACAGUCUGUAUAAAGAACAGCAUCGUCUGAAGUCAGGACACAGCUUAAGUCUUACAGCAAGCCAAGCCAACAACGGGAGGUACUUUUGUGUGGCUGAGGCGAAGGAAAUCAGAAAAACUAGCACACAGCUGACUGUUACUGCAAAAGUGCCCGUCUCAACCCCAGUUAUCCGAGUGGUGGGGCGGGUCAUCCUGGGACGGCCGUUUAAGCUUGUGUGCGAGAGUAAGCUGGGAAUGCUGCCCAUCACCUUCACCCUGCUGAGGGACAACAAAUUUGAGGCAGAGGUGAACGUGACCGGGCCCUUCCGUCGGGCUCUGUUCAACAUCUCCUCCAUCCCAUCCAGACAGGAUGUUCACAGCUUCGUCUGCCAGGCUCGGAACCAGGCUCCACAAAUCAUCCGCUUAAGCCAACCCCUCGAUGCACCGGUUAUAGAAACUGUGUCCAAGCCAGUGCUAACUCUUGACCCCAAGGGCUACACAGUAACAGAGGGGAUGAAUCUUACCCUCUGCUGCAGUGUCCAUCAGGGCACUGCCCCAUUCACCUUUGCCUUUUACCGCGAUGGGGCCACAAGCCCCUUCUUCAACACCAGCAGUAGCCGGAAACAGGGAUCCUACACCAUCGAGUCCGUAAGGAGGGAUCAUGGAGGAGGUUACUACUGCCAGGCUUCUAAUGAAGCCAAUGAGACAAAACGGAGUGACUCUGUUCCAUUUGGAGUGAACCUGGCGGGUUGGAAGAAGGCUGCCAUUGCUGCGCUCUGCUUCCUGCUCCUGUUGGUCAUUGUCAUCAUCCUGAUCCUUUUCCUGAAGAAGGCACAAGCUCCGCGGCAUACUAAAAGGACCAAGGAGCUGUCUGUAAAGUCUACACGCCCUAAAUCAGGUGAUCCCAUGAGGGUGAGCCUCACACUCGACUUUGAGGAAAAUAAUGCAGUCAAUGGCACACCUAGUGUCAUGGGCCAAAAUGUGUGGAGUAAAAAUGUUUCCAGCUCAGAAUCUGAUAAUCAGAGUAGCGAGGAAGAAGAGCAGUGUGAAAUGCUACAGUACACUGAGCCGCCUCCCACACAGGAAGUGGACACCAUCCCAGCCCCAGAGCAAGAUACUGUCACAGGGGAAGCUGAGGUCCCAGACUGCAAACAAGACACCGUGGAUGAACCUCAGAGUCAGUCUGCUCUUGCAUAUGUUCAGCUCAACCACAGUGAACAGAAGCCUGUGUAGCUUCCCCUCUCCAGAAAGACCCUCACCCCUCCUGCCUAUUGUAAUUAUACACCUAAUUUAUUCAGUUUCCUCUCCACGCUAGCUGCCUGCCAAUGAGAAUGAACAGACACACUUCUUCACUAUGGGCUCAUUUCUCUGCAUGGUCAAAUAGUGGUUGCACAAGUCAUUGUGUUGAGCUGUGACAGUGUUUGUAUAGCUGAGAAUAAAGAGUGUUCUUCCAAA